AUGGAGGGAGCGAGGCCGGUGGUGGAGGAGCGGACGCUUGUCACUGCGACCGAGGGCGGCUCGCCGUCGGCUGCAGAGGCGCCGGUUGCGAAGGAGGAGGAGGAGCCGCCGGCCGACUUCAUCUGCCCGAUCACGACCGAGAUUAUGGUCGAGCCAGUCGUGGCGGCCGACGGGCAGUCGUAUGAGCGGACUGCGAUCGAGCGUUGGCUCGCGACCAAGUCAACGAGCCCGCUGACCGGCGGCGAGCUCGAGCGUAGCAUCCUGAUCCCGAACCACAACUUGCGCCGGACGAUUCGAGAGUGGCAGGAGGCGCGGGCGUCACUUUGA